CACACCCACUGGAGUCUCAGCUUUCCAGCCUCACCGACACAGAUGUUUGACAUUGCGGAGCGCACAGUCCGAUUGUGCGUAAGAGCCAGUUUGUGUGUGUUGACUGUCAGGGACUCUAUGCCCUACUUUUACCGACGGAUGCUGCGCUAAGAGGAGGAGUGGGAGUAUCCCAGAAUGCCCUUGUAGUCGGAGAUGGAUGCUGCGGCUGCUGCUGCUGCUGUUGCAGCCUGUCACUACACAACAGCCUAUGCUGCCAUUUCCAGUCGGCAACCUUCCUCUCCCUUGCAGGUCGACCGCUAGUGUGACCGUGUGGCGCUGCGGCGAGAACAGCUCCGCCGCUUCAGUCCCUGCUAAUUUGCGGUACACACAGCUACAUCAUCUACAACCAAUACCGACUUUGCCGUCACUGUUUCCUCGGUGUGACGAGGAGAGGGGGUCCACUGCCGGAGCAUGGACCCCCUGGCCAAACCCUGCCCGUCACAGGCAGACCGAAGCUCUCAGACCUUCGGCAAUAGACUAACCUCUCUGGGAGCCACCGGUGGAGAGGCGAACGAUCGAGGCUGCAGGGACGAGGCAAUGGGAGGCGGUGAUACUUUGAGCAGCUUUCCCGACAUGGAAGAGUCACUAGAGGAGAAACUGAAGGGUCUGGCUUUCAGGAAACAGACUUCGUACAGGAAGGCCAUCUCGCGGUCCGGCCUGCAGCACCUGGCGCCCAUCCAGAACGCCCUCCCUGCCCUGAGCAACGGGCCCGCCAAGGAGCUGCGCAGCACGGUGGACUGGAGCGAGAACGCCGUGAACGGGGACCACCUGUGGCUGGAAACCAACUGCUCUGGAGACCUGUGCUACCUGGGAGAGGAGACCUGCCUGGCCAAGAUAGCAAAGUCGGCCCCCCGGAGGAAGUGUGCGGCGUGUAAGAUAGUGGUCCACACCGCUUGCAUGGAGCAGCUUGACAAGAUCAACUUCCGCUGCAAGCCCACCUUCAGAGAGGGGAGCUCCCGCUGCCUGAGGGACCAAAACAUCUUGCGACACCACUGGGUUCACCGGCGCCGCCAAGAGGGAAAGUGCAGGCAGUGCGGAAAGAGCUUCCAGCAGAAGUUCUUCCACAGUAAGGAGAUUGUGGCCAUCAGCUGCUCCUGGUGCAAGCAGGCGUUCCACAACAAGGUGACGUGCUUCAUGCUGCACCAGAUCGAGGAGCCGUGCUCGCUGGGGGCCCACGCUGGGGUCAUAGUCCCGCCCUCCUGGAUCAUCAAAGUCAGGAAGCCGCAGAGCUCUUUUAAAAACUCGAGCCGAAGGAAAAAACGGACGUCGUUCAAAAGAAGGACCAGCAAAAAGGGAACCGAUGAAUCCAAGUGGCGUCCGUUCCUGCUCAAACCCCUCCCCUCGCCGCUCAUGAAGCCCGUGCUGGUCUUCGUCAACCCCAAAAGCGGAGGAAACCAGGGUACCAAGGUGCUGCAGAUGUUCAUGUGGAUCCUGAACCCGCGACAGGUUUUCGAUCUCUCUCAGGGCGGACCCAGGGAAGCGCUGGAGUUAUACAAGAAAGUGCCAAAUCUACGCAUCCUCGCCUGCGGAGGAGACGGUACCGUGGGCUGGAUCCUGUCCGCGCUGGACGAGCUACAAAUGAACCCCCAGCCCCCCGUAGCUGUGCUUCCUCUCGGGACAGGAAAUGACCUCGCGCGGACCCUCAACUGGGGAGGGGGUUACACGGACGAGCCCGUGUCUAAGAUCCUGUGCCACGUGGAGGACGGGACCGUGGUGCAGCUGGACCGCUGGAACCUGCAGGUGGAGCGGAGCCCCGCCCACCCGGAGGAGGGAACCCAGAAGCUCCCUCUGAAUGUGUUCAAUAACUACUUCAGCCUGGGCUUCGAUGCCCACGUCACACUGGAGUUCCAUGAGUCCAGAGAGGCCAACCCCGAGAAAUUCAACAGCCGCUUCCGGAAUAAGAUGUUCUAUGCAGGGGCAGCUUUCUCAGACUUCCUCCAGAGGAGCUCCAGGGACUUGUCCAAGCACGUCAGAGUUGUGUGCGACGGCACAGACCUCACACCCAAGAUUCAGGAGCUGAAGUUCCAGUGCAUUGUCUUCUUGAACAUUCCCAGGUACUGCGCGGGCACCAUGCCCUGGGGCAACACGGGCGACCACCGCGAUUUCGAGCCGCAGCGCCACGACGACGGCUGCAUCGAGGUCAUCGGCUUCACCAUGGCGUCCCUGGCGGCGCUGCAGGUGGGGGGCCACGGCGAGAGGCUGCACCAGUGCCGGGAGGUGACGCUCACCACCUUCAAAACCGUCCCCGUGCAAGUGGACGGGGAGCCGUGCCGCCUGGCCCCCUCCACCCUGCGCAUCUCCCUCAGGAACCAGGCCAACAUGGUGCAGAAGAGCAAGAGGAGAACCUCCGUUCCCCUGCUCAACGACAUUCAGAAAGUCUGCGCAGCCGACCUGCGCCGUCUGUCCGCUCCCCCUGACUCCUUCUCCGUCCCCCACUCCGUCCCGGAGCGUCUGCGACUGCGCGUCAACCGCAUCAGCCUGCAGGAGUACGAGAAGCUGCAGUUCGACAAGGAGAGCCUCAGAGACAUCUCGACUCCCGUGGGCAUCGUGGUGGUGAGGGGGGACUGCGACCUGGAAACCUGCAGGCUGUACAUCGAUCGGCUGCAGGAGGAUCUACACCAAGCUCCCUCUGGUGCCCAUAGAGUGCAUUACCAGGAUGAGACGAGAGGUCUGCCCCGCCCUGGCUCCGCCCACAGGCUUUCCCCAAACUGGAGUUUCUUGGACUCUACAUCUGCUGAUCGUUUCUACCGCAUUGACAAGGCUCAGGAGCACCUGCACUUUGUGACCGAGAUCUGUCAGGACGAAGUCUUCAUCCUGGACCACGAGGCCGCUGCAGGGGGUGCGCCGGGGAUGCCAGACCUGGUGGUGGAGCCCAGUUCCGGACCGCCCCUGACUACUGAUGAACAAGCCCUUCUGACAGCUGCUAGCAAUGGGAACCUGCAGCUGUUCUCCAGCUCCUGGGCUCGUGGGGUCAGUCUGCUGGUGAGGACCUCUGGGGGCUGUUCAGCACUGCACCUGGCUGCCCAGCAGGGACACAUGGAGAUAGUGAGCUUCAUCCUGGAGCACGCUUCCAAGUUGAUCCUGGAUUUGACGGACAGUGAAGCAGGGGAAACCGCCCUGCACAAAGCCGCCUCCCAUCGGCAGCAGGCCACCUGCCAGCUGCUGGUAGACGCUGGAGCGUCUCUCUCCAAGGCCAACUUCCAGGGUAAGACACCGAAAGACAAGGCCCAGGAGUCCGGGGACUCUGAUCUGGCCUCCUUCCUGGAGAGCCGGCAGCAGCACCAGACCAUCUCCCACGAAGACCUGGAGACUGCAGUUUGAGGGCCUGGACUCUCCACACCCCGCGAGCGAGAGAAAGAGAGAAGGGAGAGGAGAGAGACGGAGCGCUGAAGGGGGCCAGGGAACAACGCGGCCCCUCCUGCCUCGGACAGCAUCCGCACAGGUGGAAACUACCCCCCUGGGGGGGGGCGAGGCCUUGCGGAGCGGGGGAGAGCGCAGGGCCAGGGGUGCAUCCACAACCACUGCCGCUGAGGAGGGCUGCUUUUCCUCUGUUCGUGCUCCCGGAAAACAACGUGGUUGUGAGGGGAGAGAGACGUGUUACCGACAAUUUGUUUACUGUCACUGUUUCAGUAGCUGCGACGAUGGGAAUGUUUUUUUUUUUUGUUUUUUUUUGCGUUGUGUAUUUAUUUAUUUGUUUAUUUAUUUAUUGAUUGACUGAUUUAUUUAUUGAAUGAUUGAUUGUAAUAGGGUUGCAGGGGAUUGGUCCAAAUAAAAGUCUGGUCAUUUGUUAUAGUUGGUGGCCCAGAAAGAAACCUAGGUCUGGCUGCAUGUGGAGCUUGGGGAAGGCAGACAAGCUUUUACUGAUUGCCACAGAGAAGGCCUAAUCAAGACUGUACCCAGGAAGCACCAAAACCAGCGCGCUUCAGUCAUUUUAACGAACCUUACUGAGAGGAAUGCUGUUGUGUGCCAAAGACGCACUGAGCACUGAAGGAUUGGGGCAAUGCCUUCACCAGUGCUACUGUGAGGCUGUUACGUAGACUAUUAUUCCACCACACACACACACACACACACACACACAUACAUACACACACACCCUUUCACUUCCCACACUCCCUACCAGUGUCCCCAACCUUUUCAACACUGACCACUCACUGUUUAGGGUCAGGCUUCAAGACCUAAGCUACUCCCAACAGUACAUUCCACAUGCAUGUAGUAGAACAGCCUUUGGGGAUUGACAUUACAAUUAUAUUCUGAGUUGGUGUGUAAUAUUUGCAAGCAUACAAUAUAUACAGUAUUAACUGGGUGUUUUUGGUUUUGUUUUUUAUUUCUAUUGCAUGUGUACAGUAUACAGGAGGAUAUCAAAAUGGGAACAUGCUUUAUUUUGUUCUUUCUCGAUGUUUCUUUAAGUUAUUUCCUUUCUUCCAUGCUACACGUACGCUUUCCUACAGGCAGGUGCAGCCGUGAUACAGGCGAUUAGUUGUAAGUGUCAUCUGCAGAGUACUGUACGAGACCCUUCGCGCUUUGUGGGCCCGGUGCUGGCCUUCCUUGUUUCGCGUGUUUGGAGGGUUUUUUUGUGACGUACUCCAAGGUAACUCCUGCUUCCACGCACGGCUCGGCACUGUUGAGGAGCAGAGACCGUGCUCGUGUUCCGGUGCAUUCUGUGUGAAAACAAGACUGCCUCCUGCAGAUGAGACGCAAACAGCUUGAACGUAUGCAUGCUUCUUCCACCUCGCUGUGGAAAACGGAAGCAUUUGAGAGCUGAAUGCCUCCUGGGGCGAUGUUUGUGUCUUGUUGCAGUGUUUUACAGCAAAAAUUCAACCUGCAAUCUUUCAGCCAAUUGUAUUUAGCUGCAGGCCACACUUGUUUCUGUUUUUUUUUUUUUUUUAAUUUAUUUUCUUUAAUUCUGUGAUGAUGAGUGUGAUAGUGUUUUUGUGAAUAUUUAUCUUAAGAAAAAAAAGAAUGAAAAAAAUCUGAGCCAUAUUCAAUGCAAUAUGAAUGGAUGACAUUUGUGCAUUUAUCUAUUUAAUUUCUACAUUACAUUAAUGUUAUAAACGAAGUGGUUGUUAAUGGCACUGCCAAGCUUUGUGGUGGACCGUACUUUUUUUUUUUUUUUUUACAGUGACAGUCGUGAUAUUUUGUUUUUGUCAACAUAUGUUCUUUACAGAGUGCUUAGGGGUUAUUUGUUUGAUUUAUUUACUCUCUAGAGGGGAUGGCAGCAUUGUGGCAAGAUGAUAAGCUAUUAUCUGCAACUCAGUUGCACACUGCCGACAGUUAUUAUGGUCAAACGUAUGCCUUUCCCACUGCAUUUCUAACUUACAGUACACAAUAAAACUAAUUGGCCAUGAAUUGACCUUUUAAAUUAAAAUCAUUCCUUUUGCCACAACGGUAACAUGAAUUAAACCCCCCUCCCCCCACCCUUACCCGCACCCCUCAUUUGCAUGCAAAUCCCGGACAGUGGUUUAAUUGGGCUUUCCGAAUGGAAAAAAGAAUUAGGCCCUAUGUAUACUUUAAGAAUUUAUUUGUUAAAACUAGUUAACUCGUUUUUUUAACGUUGUGCAUGGGGUUGUGCUAUCUUCUAAGAUGUUUAUUUUGUUUCUCUCAUGCCCCUAAUAAUGACAUAAUUGAGUUUUUUAUUAUUAUUAUUAUUAUUAUUAUUAUUAUUAUUAUCAUCAUCAUCAUCAUCCUGUAGAUUUUGCUUAGCAUCUGACCUCUAAAGAGCAUACUUUUUUAAACGUUGGGAUUACUUGAAUGUUUCGAUGUUAUGGUUGAAGUUUAAUUGCAGGUGAUGUUUCAGACUCUUCUCGCUGUUUUACCAUCCCUGAUCUUCCUAUUCUUUGAUGCUGGGAUAUGACGCCGUCUUCUGACAUCGAAAGCAUCGGUCUAUUUGUUUAUUUUCCCCCUUGGCAACAAUGGCGCAGCCAAUAGCCGCAAGCGUCAGUAGGCUACCUAAUUCAUGAAAAACAUGCAACCGGCGGAAAACAGAAUCACUGUUUUAUGGAAGUUGUAUAAUGGCUCCUGUAGCACCCAACAUCAGUUUGCCAUUUUCUUCAACUUCUAUGAAGGUAUUUGGUGUGGCCUAUGCAGCAAAUUCACUCGAAAAAAUCUUGUAAUAAAAAUGUCCAGAUGGACACCAUUUUAGUUGUUGCUUAAGUUUGGGCACUUUUGCCUAACUCCUUGUUUUGUGGUAAUUCCUUAAGACAGGAAUCGAUUAGUGCCAUAGUACCGUUAUGUUUUGUGUGUAGCCUCUGUGUGUCACAAAGGAAACCAAACGCGAAUGGAAAAACUAAAAUGACUCAUAUUCAACGUCCUAUCUUACACCUAGGGUGUUAUUAUAUCCAAUGAAUUAUUUUUAUCUAUCAAACAAGUUGUCAGUGAUUAUUUUGGGGAAAACAUACAUUGAACAGACACAGAAAAGCAUGUCAGAUUGUAAAAUUGUGACAUAGGAAAUAACCUUAUAAUUUUAAACUAGCCUAUAUUAAAGAACUUGUCAUUUAAACAAUGUA